CCCGCCCGUCCCCGCACCGGCCUCGGCCGCCUCGCGCCAUGGCGGUCCCCGGCGGCGCCCGGCGGCCGCUGCUCCUGCUGCUGCUCGGCCUCCUGCACGGUGCAUCGGCAGUGUUUGAGGUGAAAAAUGGCAAUGGCACGGCUUGUAUAAUGGCUGACUUCUCCGCUGCCUUCUUGGUGGGCUACGAUACUCAGAGUGGUUCUAAGAAUGCGCCCUUUGACCUGCCGUCAAGUGCACAAGUGCUGAACAGCAGCUCUUGCGGGAAAGCAAACACCUCUGACCCCAGUCUCAGGAUUGCUUUUGGGGAAGGACACACGCUGACCUUCACCUUCUCAAGAAAUGCAACGCGUUAUGGUGUCCAGCGCAUGAGUUUUGUUUACAACUUGUCAGACACACACAUUUUCCCCAAUGCAAGCUCCAAGGAAAUCAAGACUGUGGAAUCUGUAACUGACAUCCAGGCCGACAUAGACAAGAAAUACCGGUGUGUAAGCGCCUCCCAGGUGCACAUGGGCAACGUGACCCUCACGCUCCGUGACGUCACCGUCCAGGCCUACCUUUCCAACAACAGCUUCAGCAAGGGAGAGACGCGCUGCAAGCAGGACGUGCCCUCCCCGACCACAGCCCCACCCAGGCCCCCACCGUCGCCCGGGAGCCCCUCGGUGCACAGGUACAACGUGAGCGGCAGCAAUGGGACCUGCCUGCUGGCCAGCAUGGGACUGCAGCUGAACGUCACCUACGAGAGGAGGGACAACACGACGGUGACGCGAGUGUUCAACAUCAACCCAAACGAGACCUCGGCCAACGGGAGCUGCAGCUCCCAGCAGGUGACCCUGGAGCUCCGGAGCGAGGACGUCGCCCUCCUGGUCUUCCAGUUUGGGAUGAAUGCGAGUUCUAGCAAGUUCUUCCUGCAAGGCAUCCACGUGAACCUGACUCUGCCUGACGCGCGAGAGCCCGCCUUCGUAGCUGCCAACAGCUCCCUGAGGGUGCUGCAGGCCACCGUCGGCAACUCCUACAAGUGCAACGCCCAGGAGCACGUGCAGGUCACGAAGGCCUUCUCUGUCAACAUCUUCAAAGUGUGGGUCCAGGCUUUCAAGGUGGAGGGCAACAAGUUUGGGUCUGUGGAGGAAUGUCUGCUGGACGAGAACAGCAUGCUGAUCCCCGUUGCCGUCGGGGGCGCGCUGGCCGGGCUGGUCCUCACCGUGCUCAUCGCCUACCUCGUCGGCAGGAAGAGGAGCCACGCCGGCUACCAGACGAUCUAGCGCCGCGGUGCUCCGCCAGACGCAGCCGCAGGGUCUGCUCCCCCCGGGCUGGCAGUCGUGCUGGGGGCCCACGUUCUGGCAAACUGGUUUUCAAAUCUGCUUUAUCAAAUGUGAAGUUCAUCUUGCAACAUUUACUAUGCACAAAAGAGUAACUAUUGAAAUGACGGUGUUAAUUUUGCUAACUGGGUUAAGUAUUUUGCUAACUGGUUAAACGUUAAUAUUUACCAAAGUAGAGCCCUAAGGGAGGGGAGGAGUGCUUUUCCGGGGGGCACUGGCUCGCUGUCAUCUGACACUAUGAUUCUGGUGUUGGGUUCUUCGCUUUCCUCAGAUUUAGGCUCACAGGGAAAGCCGGCCUGGACCUCACGCUGAGGAUCCAGGAAGGCUGGCUAGCUGUUGGGCUGACGUGCUUGAGAAGUGAACAGUCGUAGGGACAGAAAGUGGUAGGACAGCACUGUUCCGAAAGGCGAACGCCUGGGGCGCUUACACUGAGCUUUAAACUCGGGCGAGGCCCGCGGCGGCCGGCAGUCAGCAUCGAGACCCUGGGCGGACGCAUCCUUUGGUGUUUCCCACGCUCUGCCACUCAAGAGCUGGCACUUUUUUAAAUAUAAAAAUGGGUGUUAUUUUUAUUUACUUUUUUUGUAAGGUGAUUUUCAGUCUUCUGUUUGGCGUUCAGGGUGAUCCUUUCCUGCACUGUGUACGAUGAUAGGUAGUUAACUCCGAUGCAUCUGCGGCCUGGGCGGGCGCACCGAGGAGCGGCUCCGUGUGACGCGUUGCCUGUAACACGCUAAUAAAAGUCUCUCUUGUCCA